AUGGAGAGCCAAUUGGCUCAAAUUGCACAACAAGUUGGAAGUUCAUACUCCAAUCCUAGUGGUCACUUUCCAAGCUCAACGGUAGUGAAACCAAAGAAGCAAGCUAAGGCUAUUAAAUUGAGAUUGGGAAGAGGUUAUGAGGGCCGGGUUAUGAGUGAAGAGGAGCCACAAAAGAGAGAUAAGGGAGUUGUGGUGAGAAGUGAGGAUAAUUUUGAAAAUGAAGUAAUUGAAGUUAAGAGAAAAGAGAAACAAAAGAGUGAUGAGGGAGCCACAAAGAAAGAUGAGGGAGAUGAAGAAAGAAUAGAAAAGCCCCCUAUGAGAGUAUAUAAGCCCCCCAUUCCGUUUCCUCAUAGAAUUGUAGAGAAAAAGUUGAAUGAGAAGUUUUCAAAAUUUCUUGAAGUCAUGAGAGGACUUCAAGUGAACAUCCCCUUUCUUCAUGCUAUGUCACAAAUGCCUACCUACGCAAAAAUUUUGAAGGAUCUUCUAUCCAACAAGAGUAGUCUUGAAGAGAGUGUAACCAUCUCCCUUCCUAAGGAGGUGAGUGCAAUCAUUCAAAACGAGCUUCCCCAAAAGCUUGGUGACCCUGGUAGCUAUGCAAUACCGGUGAAGAUUGAAGAUUUGGAAUCUAUGGAUGCUUUGUGUGAUCUUGGGGCAAGUGUGAGCUUGAUGCACUAUUCUAUUGCAAAAAUUUUGAAAGUUGGGGACUUGAAACCAACAAGAAUGUCCUUACAACUAGCCGACCGCACAGUUAGGCUACAUUUGGGGAUUCUUGAAGAUGUGCCGGUUUAA